CCUCACGCAAACCGUCUUACCCACAAUCAUCACGACCGCCACUCUGGCACAUCUCGACAUGAGUCUGAGCCAAAGCGAACUGGAUCCUCGACUCUAUAUUUCACAACAUGUCGAGUGGUCGCAAAGUGAAGCACCUCAAGAUUGGAGCUGCGAGCGGUUCUAGAAGCAGCGCUGCGGCUGCCCCGACCACAAUGGAUGAAGCCUUGGAGGCUGGCAUCGAGCACGAAGAGCGCGGAGAGCGUUUCCACGCUGGAGCAAAGGCCGAGCGCGCGUUCAACGAAGCGGUCAAGGCUUAUGCCAUCGCUGCACAGCUGGAUGCCCGCAACGCCAUUCCUCUGUACAACCUCGCGCGCGUACACUUCGUCCUCGCUACCCAAUUUCAGCUGCCUCCCGAGUCGUGCGUCGCUUUGCAACAGUCUUUACAGCUGUACGACAGGGCGACCCAACUGUCUCAAGCUCUGCCCGAAAUGUCCUCUCUGGAGCAGAACACAUUGGCAGAGCUGCCAGACGCAUUUGCAUUGGAUGUCAAGUACAACCUGCACGCUGCUCAGCAGAGCUUAGCUGAGCUGCUGGAGGAGAGUCAACGACCUGUAGAUGAAGAGACGAUCGUGUCGUUGUACAGCAGCGCAGCGUACGGCUUCAUCAGCGUUGGCGACAUGCAAAGGGCCAUUCUGGACGACUCGGCACGACGGCAGGCUGAAGCGGACAGAGCGGAGGAGGUUGAAGACGAGAUGCAAGAAGAGGACGCGUCCAGCGGGCACAUGUCGACUGAUGAAGACUCGGAUGGGUAUGCGGAGAAGGAGGAUUGGACAGCCAGCCCAGUCACACCCGCAACGACGUUGGAAACCUUCCUGUCCGCUCACAGCUGCCUCUUGUCCAUCCUUUCCCGAUCUUUUCCUGCUGGCAGCGCGCCGCACUCCGGCACCACCAGCGCCCAGACCCUCGAAAGAGCUGCUCUAGAUGCUCGCGAUGCCCUAGCUCGAGCAGAUCAGCUGGUGCUGACCUGCCCCAACCCCAGCGAGCUUUCCGACGAGGGGGAGUGGGAGGUGGCAUUGGCGAAUCUGCAAGCCGCAAGAAGAGCGGGGGUCAUUGCAGAGGCUGACAGGAGGAGCGAACUAGCUUCUUUGAGCGGUCAGGUGUUCCCAGCUACGGCAGAAGACAUGGCUGGCUUGAAUGCGAUCGAGGGGGACGUGUCUCUUGGUGGAAUGCAUCUGCUCGGUCUGGCAUCCACCUCUACUUCUCCUUCGUCGACCACGGCUGCUCGGGAUGCAGGUGCAGCUAGCUUGGUGACCUCGCAAGACGAAUUGGUGCGACAAGCCUGCGAUCUGGCCGAUCAGCUCCUGUCCCUUUCAGUCAUCCGCACUCGUCGUGCUCAGAAUGCUGAUUGCCGGAAACAAGCUUGGGAGAUAGCCUCUCUAGCAACCAAGCUCUUUCAGUACGCUCAUGGGACGCUAUUGUCGCGCAAGGCGGGGGCCUUGGGUGCGAUCGAUGCUAGCACCUCUGCAGGCCGAGCACGAGCCAACAUCAGCUGCAGUCUGAGCAGCGCCAGCCUACUGAGAGGUGGUCCGGCUGCCGCACCGCUUAUGAGCGACAAGAGCAAAGAAACGUUGCUAGACAAUGCCAGGAUCUUUGCGAGGAGAGCGCUGGUGGAGAUCGGACUGAGCUCGAGCGUGUUGCCGGAAGCAUCUGGGGCAAACGACACUGCUUGGUCGGACGCCGCUAUGCGAGCGCUGCAGGCUUGCGCUCCUCAAGGCGGCUGGGAAGGCACACGCACGACUGCGGAUGCGAUCUUGGCGGCUGUGCGAGCUACUUGGGCCCGACAACAAUUGGCAGCAAAAGUGCAGAACGAGACGAAGCGUGCAUCUUCGAGUGCAGAGCUUGCACACUUGACACGAUGCGUUCAGACCUUGCUUCGAGGAGCGCACGCGCAGCAGUGGGCCGUCGCUCUCGCACUCGACCCCGCGGGCCCGAGGCGAAUCGUCGAGGAGGGUUGGGAGUGCGCAUCGCAAGAGGGCUCCUUCUGGGUCGCGUGGCAGCAGGAAUUGCUUUAGCGUGAUGUUUGAUCUGUGGCUCUUUCAUUGCAAUACCCAUGGCAUGCAAC